AUGUCUGUGUCUCGAGUUGCCCGUCGCAUUGUGCACAAGUUCUCCACCAAGGAAGGACUACUUGGAGAUUACGAUUAUGCCUAUCUGUUCACCCCACGUUUGCCAUUUAUGAAGGGCUCCGAGAAAGUCCAGCCUUUCUUUGGUCUUGACGACGAGAUCCCCGUCGUGCUGGGCUUUUUGCUCGGCCUCCAGCACGCCCUGUCGAUGCUGGCCGGUGUCGCCUCACCGCCAAUCAUCAUUGGCGCUCUCGCCAACCUGAGUGCUGAUCACCAGCAAUAUCUGGUGUCGUGCUCGCUCAUCAUUUCUGGUCUGCUGUCUGCGAUCCAGAUCACCCGUUUCAAGAUCCCGUACACUCCCUACUACAUUGGCACCGGGCUGGUGUCCGUUGUGGGCACGUCGUUCGCCACCAUUAGCAUUGUCAGCAAAGCUUUUCCAAUCAUGUAUAGCGCGGGCGUUUGUCCCGUGGACAGCGACGGCACGCAGUUGCCAUGUCCUGACGGAUACGGUGCCAUUCUCGGCACGGCGGCCGUGUGCGGUUUGCUUGAAGUGCUGCUCUCGUUCCUGCCUCCAGCGUUGCUGCAGCGCAUUUUCCCCGCCAUCGUGACGGGGCCUGUGGUGCUGCUCAUUGGUGUGUCGCUGAUCCAGUCCGGAUUUGAGGACUUUGUGGGUGGCUCUGGCUGCAUGGACGCCACCAACAGCUGUGCCAAGGGCUACAACUGGGGGUCUGCGCAGUUCCUCGGGCUCGGGUUCCUGGUGUAUCUGACGAUCAUCCUGUGCGAGAAGUGGGGGUCCCCCAUCAUGAAGUCCUGCGCCGUGAUUGUCGGUCUGCUGGUUGGAUGCAUAGUCGCCGCCGCUUGCGGCUACUUUUCGCACGACUCGAUCGACGCCGCCCCGGCAGUCACCUUCAUGUGGGUGCACACGUUUAAACUGUCCGUGUACGGCCCUGCCGUGCUGCCCUUCCUUGCGUGCUACAUCGUGCUCAUGAUGGAGGCCAUCGGCGACAUCACCGCCACGUGCGACGUGUCCCGCACCGACAUCGAGGGCCCUUACUACGAAUCACGCAUCCAGGGAGGUGUGCUGGCCGACGGAGUCAACGGCAUCAUCGCCGCGCUCAUGACCAUGACGCCGAUGUCGACCUUUGCGCAGAACAACGGUGUUAUCUCCAUCACCAAGUGCGCCUCCAGAACCGUUGGGUACUGGUGCUGCUUUUUCCUCGUUGUGAUGGGCGUUUUCUCGAAAUUCGCCGCCGCGCUCGUCGCCAUUCCUAAAGCCGUUCUCGGCGGCAUGACCACGUUCCUGUUCACGUCCGUGGCCGUCUCCGGCCUCAAGAUCAUCGCCACCACGCCCUUCACCAGAAGAGACCGCUUUGUGCUCACGUGCUCGCUCAUGUUCGGCUUCGGCGCCACGCUGCUCGCCGACUGGUUCAACAACGUCUUCACGUACGACGGCGACAAUACCUCGCUCUCCGGCUUCUUCGACGCCAUUGUUCUCGUCAUGGAGACCGGUUUCGCCGUCACCGGCUUCAUCGGCGUCAUCCUCAACCUCUUUUUGCCGCAGGAGCCAGACAACCUCGAUGCCGCGUCCGAGCUCAUCGAGGAGCACGUGAUCGAAAACGACUACGGCCGUGUCGAGGAAGGCUCGUCCCAGGAGAAGAAGGCAGUUAAAUAG